AUGAAGCAGCGAGGGGAAGACAUUGCAACCCAGGCUGCAGAGACUAGCCGGCUGUCACAGAUUCAAUCGACGCUCUUCACUUCAGAGUUCUACAAUAAAGACAGGGGAGGAAUGUCGCGUAAACUCCGCUUGCGUGGAAUCUACAGUUACUUUGAAGCUUUUGCAAGUUCUGUGUCUGCAUUCUUUCGAAGAAAGCUGCAGCAUGUCUUGAAUGUGCGUGUGACUGAUGAUUGUAACCUGCGUAUGGCCGAACGGAGCGGCAGCAGUGCAAUCUAUAACUGCAUGAACUCGGUGCAGACAGUCCAUGCCAGAACUUCAGCGGGGCGGAUGGUGCAUUUUCGCGUGCACCAACCGAUGGUUCUCGUCCCAAAUGCAACGGCAGAGGCCCUUCAUCGUGCUGCAUCUGCUUGGUGCGUGUGCACGCCAUGGGGCCUGGGUUCUUCCUUGCAGCGUUUCGGUGUCCGCAUGCCCGAACGCUGCGCUACCUUUCGUUGCGGCAUUUGGGUGUUGGAUUCCCUGAAAGCCAACAUGAAGUUGUUUCGGCAGGAGCGAGCAGAUCUUGAAAAGCAGCGAGAGGUGCAGUCCGCACAAGACUCUCAGGACAUGCCAGUGGCGCUGCUCACGACUUGCAACAUACAUAAGUUGGCACUGAUAAGGAAGCCCAUGGUGCUGCAGCCGAAAGAUGUGUGGUCGACUUUCGUUCGACUUGCGCAUCUUUUCGAGAGCUUGAGCUUUCGACAAAAGUUCAGGCAAAGCCUGGCGUGCAUCCUUUUGCAGUCCUUCCGAAGAGUCGAAGUGCAGAGACCCCCGGCAGAGCUGAGCAUGUGGCAGCAACGCACUGCGACAAUUUUCGCGCAGUCGGAGCCAGACAGACCGAAAUACAUCCUCGAGGCUGAGAAUCUUUAUGCAAGCUUUUGCAACGGCUCCCCAGAUGAGGACGAGGUCGUGCACUGGUGCGUCGUUGGUCAAUGUGACAAAUGUGCAGGUUUGUCAGAAGACGAACAGAUUGCACUUGCAUUGAGAGCAUUCUUGGGUUUGUUUGGCCAAGGGUACCGAACUCCGUUACUUCAGAGAUGGAAACAUUACGGUUCUGCGAGCAGAUAUAUGUUCUGUGCGAUUGCGCUGCACAAGAUUCUGCCAAGGACACUGAAACACAUGUCGACUGGCAAACCCGGAAGUAGGCGGGCCAGCAAAAUCUUGACAGAAGCAGAUGCCGCUGAGGACAGGAUUGUUGAAGCUGCCUCAGAUGAUGAUGGGCUGGAUGUCUUCGCCGACGAGUCUUUCGCAUCUCGCAACAGCCGGCGCUUGCGGCUUGUGCAAGCAGCUUUGGCAGAACCGAGCUUUGAAGACAACGUGACACUGCUCAGCUUGAUAUGUCGGCCCAUUGACACUGCAAUCAACGGACUAAUGCAGAGAACAAGAUUGCUGCACACCCUACGAACGGGCAUCUUCCCUGAUGCGAACGGUCGUGAUGAGAUCGAGACCAAGUGCAGGCAUCUCUUCUUCAGAUUCGCUUCCGGCGCUUUUGGGAAUGGAGUCGUUUCAGAUUUUCUUCAUAUCUUGACGAAAGACUACAAGGACUUAGACUUCAUGGGGGUAAGGCCUGCGAAGAGUCGCUGGAAGGACCUUUUCUGUUCAGUUCUCUUCGGGAUGGGAGAGAGCUGGCGCAGGUUUGUUCACUACGUUGACACAUAUCCUUGGCAUCUGUUUCGGCUGUGCCACCUGUCCGAAGAAGAUUUUUGGGUCCAGUGGAAACAGAUCGAGUCUGGUUGCCAGGGCUGUGUCGAUGUUGAACUCACGAAAGGUUUGCUCCUCGCCUGUCCUACGGACGGAGCUUGUCGGACAGACUUCUACCACCGGGUCAAAGCUCUCUUGACUGACUUAGCCACCUUCGCGCCGCUUUCCACUGAUUCUGUGGAGACUGUACACGGGCACAUCCAAUCCAGAAUCCACAAGUUCCGCAGCCGGCUGAAGCAAGCAGAAGCAAGCUCGGAAAGGACGCUCCUCAUGUCUUUGAUUGCAGAACAGAAGGUCACCUUGGAGAUGGUCAAGCUGCAAACUCUUCCCAAAGCUCAUUGCGUUGCUGCCAUUCAGCGGACUGAGGCCAAAAACAAGAAAGGUCCUAGAACUGCGUUUAAUCGUAUUACUGGCUGGAAUGUUUUUUUGCGUGAAAGCCUCAAAGACACGAAGCUCUCGAAGGGCGGUUUCCAGAGCAAGGAUCGCGAGCUGGGGUCGAAGUGGCGGCAGAUGUCGAAAACAGAUAGAGAGAGGUACGAGCUCCGAGCUACAUGGGAAAUGUCGCGACGGGACCAUUGGCUGAAGACCCCGCUGCCGAUCGGCAGCAACGUUGACAACUGUGCCCAGGAGCUGGGGCACAGAAUGCAGCACAAAAUGAACCUGCAUCGUUUGGGGUUGAACUUCAAACUUAUGGAAGAACAUCCUGCUUGGGACAUGGGUCUUGCACUGAGCGAUUCCCGUGGGGCUCUCCGGGGAGCAUUCAUAGAGCUGGACAAGACAGAUGAAGACAUCGAAGCUUAUGUGCUGCCGCGGCUGGCAUCUGUUGGGCCUUUGCAAAGCGAUGUCAGCAAGGAUCUUGGGCCGGGCGAUUUUGCAGGCACUUGCCACGUGAUACAUGGGCAAUGCGGAAAAGGCAAGCAUCUACAGCAGGUGCAAGGCCUGGUGAAAAGCCUGGCUCAAGUCUUGAAGCGCUGCGGGUGGAGGAGCGGAGCACUGCUACAUUUGUACACAGACGGCAGUGAGGAGGAUGGCGAGGCUUCUGUUACCUGUUUCUUGGCAUCCCAGGUUGUCCGGCCGACGCAGCAUGUCUUCGUCAUAGGGUCGCGGAGUGCAAACGACAAAGUGAUCAUUGAGCAGCAGGCAGGCUCAACCCGAGUGCCCGAGAUAAGGACAUCUGCUGAAGUGUUCGACAUGCUAUUGCAGAUCCGAGGCGGUGAAGUGGAACGAAAACCUAGGGUUUGCCUUCGACAGCUGGAGUACGAGUGGGACCCUGUCACAUGCAGCAGUUCUGGUGAUGAGUUGUCCUUGUUGCAGGUGACAGUCUUGGAGGAGGGCCCCGUGAAGGUGCUGAAUGGACCACAGCCCAGGCAAAGUAAAGGCAAGCGAAAGAAAAAGCUUCCAUUUGGAUUCGAGAAGUUCAGGAAGGGUGCCGCAGCACAGACGGUGAUGGCACCUGCAUCAGAGACGAAGUCCAAUGCCGUGAGGUUGCUUCAGAUGGCACUGCGUCCUUCGCGGGAGGUCAAGGCCAAGACAGAUGUUGUGAUGGCAGCGCAGCCGUCCUCAUCCAGCUCAUCAGAAGAAUCGGUCAAGUCUUCAGUUUCGGGCGGAGCUGAUGAUUCUGACCCAGCUGAUGAUUCUGAUGGAGAUGCUCUUGACGAGCAGGUUGCAAUGCCUUCGGCAGCAGCAGAGCAAAGUGCACGUGAGGUGGUCCCAGAUGUUACGCUUGAAAUCUUGCAAGAGGAGGAGACGAAGUUUCAGAUCGUUGAAAAGAAUGAAAGUCAACAUGCGAGAUCAUCGACUUACUUUUCAAAAGAUGUCGGGUUUACGAUUGAGGCAGAUCUUGCGAAGUCAGGACGCAGUUCAUGCUUCCAUUGCAAAAGCAAGAUUUGCAAAAAUUCACCACGAUAUGCAUACCACUACAGCCGCUACAGGCCUUAUGCGUGGCUUCACGCAGGCUGCGUGUUGGCUUUUGUGAAUGCUGAACCAGCCACGAGGAAAGCACAGGCUUUGUCCAUGUUGCGUAGGAUCUCGGAGAUGAGAGCAGACCAGCCUGAGCUUGCAAGUUCAGCCGGUGAGCUCGUUCGACACUUGCAGCAGUGA